AUGAAACCUUUCCAUUCGUCAUGGCUCGUCAGCACACUCGUUGCAACAGCACAGUUCGGGUCAGCAUUGCAGCUUACAGUCUCGGAUGCAGACUCGAUCAGGUCAACGGCUAGUGUCGUCGCAUAUGACUUGAUGUCGUACUAUACCGGAAACCGGACUGGAGAUGUUCCCGGAAACUUGCCUUCGCCAUACUACUGGUGGGAGGCCGGCGCCAUGUUUGGCGAGAUGGUCGAAUACUGGUACUACACUCGUGACACGACGUACAAUGACGAAGUCAAACAGGCUCUGUUGCAUCAAGUUGGAGACGACAAGGAUUACAUGCCGAGAAACCAGUCCAAAUCAUUGGGUAAUGAUGACCAAGUCUUUUGGGCUUUCAGUGCCAUGACGGCAGCCGAACUGAAAUUCGAAGAUCCCGGAGACGGCCAACCGUCGUGGCUGUCACUCGCACAGGCUGUAUUCAACGAACAGGCAUCAAGAUGGGACGAUGCAACCUGUGGGGGAGGAUUGCGCUGGCAGAUUUUCACCUUCAACGCUGGAUAUGAUUACAAAAAUGCCGUCUCGAACGGAGGCUUCUUCCAGCUGGCCGCACGUCUCGCACGUUACACACAAAACCAAACAUACGUCGACUGGGCAGAAAAGACAUGGGAGUGGUAUGCGGGAACACCCCUGCUUGAGACAGACAACUGGCAGGUCAACGAUGGAUCCAGUACGCAGAAGAAUUGCUCGGAUGCCAGUCAGCUGCAGUGGACCUACAACUACGGUGUCUUCCUUGCUGGGAAUGCAUACCUCUACAACUACACUGGUGAUGCAAAGUACAUGGAUCGCAUUGAUGGUCUUCUUAACUCUACAUUGGAGAGAUUCUUCCCUGACAAGAUGGGAGGUGUCAUGGUUGAGGUUACCUGCGAACCCCUAGGAAACUGCAACAACGACCAACCGGCGUUCAAGGCAUUCCUUACACGAUGGCUCGUACUGACAGCACAACUGGUCCCCGAGGUUUAUGACCGUAUUUUCGAAUACUUGCGCAAGUCGGCAGCUGGUGCAGCAGGACAAUGCUCUGGAGGUGAACUUGGAAGACACUGCGGUCGUGAAUGGAACUCGACGGUAUGGGAUGGAACAUCGGGAGUCGGUGAACAGAUGUCGGCACUCGCAAUCAUUCAGGCUAUGAUGCUGGACACUACCGAAUUGGCAGCACCCGUGGGAGCAACGACCGGAGGAACGAGUAAAGGUGAUCCCAGUGCAGGUACAGGCACUAGUGGGACGACGGGCAGCAAUGGCAUGCCUGCGGUGAACACAGACAAAAUCACUACUGGAGACAAGGCCGGAGCUGGAAUCCUGACAGCAGUGGUAUUAUGUCUCGUUUUGAUCACUGGAGGAUGUUUGGUUCUUGAGUAA